AUUUGUACUUCUUACAAAUGUUUUACACUUAAUGAACAACAAUAUGAUUAUGAUGAUUGCUAACUUAGGGAAAACUAAGUAAACCCCUUUUGGAUUCACAUUCACUUGUGGACAUCCCAUCUGCAGGACAAAUACAUCUACAGGAUGCCGAGGAAAGGCAAAAGAUCUCAGGGCCAGACGAAACGCUGGAGAGCCCUGGCAGACCCGAAGGUUGUUGAAUGUGUUAGCAAGCUACUUGUGGAUCCAUGCAGCUCUUCCUUGGGCAAGACUGUUGGACAGCAUCAGCAACCUGAGGCACCUCCACCUCGUGGUACUGGAUGGCGCUACCGUGUGAACAAAUGGCCACUGAGUGUCUCAGGACGAAGCCACAAACUGGUCAUUCCCGCAGAGUUUCCAGGCAAGGAGUUCAUUCUUCUGGUUGGAGACUCACACCUGCGGUCCUUCGCAGACGGUGUUGUUCCCAUGCCUAAAGGAAAUCUUUCCUUCGGAUUCAUGGCAACACCGGGGGCAUGUGCUGAUCAGCUUUGUGCUGAAAUGAAGCACGUUGCUCUUUCCAGGGAUCCAGAUCUUGUGGUUGUUCUGGCGCCCUCUAAUAAUUUGACGGUUUCCAGAACAAUUCAAGAGGCUGGAGCGGCUUUUCGCCGUUACCUGGAAACAGUCUGUGACCGCUGGACUAACGUUGUGGUUGCUGACUUCAUACCACGCCUGACAGUCGCCAAGGGUUACCAGGACAUGAUGCGUCAUGAAUUCCAACGUGUGGCUGCUGAUUUCCGUCUCACAUACUGGCACUGGGCUGACCACUUCCCACUCAACUCUGUUGACUUAUGGUCUCAUGAUGGGGUGCACCUUGGUGACGACAAGGGGAUGCCUCGCCUUGCAGACGUGAUAUGGAACUCUACCUACGAGCACCUGGAGACCUUAGCUCAUAAGAUGCCUCGUAUGGCCUCUCCACCACCAUCCACAAGAGUUUCUCCCCGGAUUGUGGUGAAGAGAAAUGCCCAGGUCCCUCGUCGACCCACUACUGAGUGGACAUGUGUGGGAUCAAGCAUGAAGGUGGCUGCAGCUGCAGCUCUAAGAGAAAAGUUUCAUCUCCCCCUCAAACCCGUGUACUUCUCCCAUAAAGGUGUUCCUUCGGACAAACGUGCUACGCCAGGAGUUUCAACGCGAACGAGGAUUCAGAAACAGGUUUGUAUCUUUGAUGAAUACUGA